UUGAUGAAAACAGAUAAGUAAAAGGCGAUCUCAUGAGGAAGGAAGAGAACAGUCCGACUACGUUGAAAGCGGUUCCCAUUCCGUAUUUGGAACUCCAGCACAGGAAUUUAAGAUUCAACUAAGGAGAGCGCGAUUGCGCAUCUAUAAAGAAAGUUAUUUUUCUUAGUUUCAGGUAGCCAAUAUUCCUAUUGCUUUUUUACAUCUCGGUAUUUACGUUUAAUAAUAUAACGUCGCCGAGUAGUUCUAACAAAAUUUAUUUUGCUAGCUUUCACUGUGGGAAUUUAAGUAUUUUAACACUGCGCGAAGAACUAAUGACGGCAGAGAUUCAACAACCCUCGGCACAGACGCCAGCACAAAGCAGCCCGAUGUCUGCUGCACCGGAAAAGUCGAACGGACAGACCGCAGUGAUGGAGACUGCCUCUUCGACAACUAAAACUAAAAAGACCAACGCCGGAAUCCGCCGGCCGGAGAAACCACCUUACUCGUAUAUAGCUUUGAUAGUCAUGGCAAUUCAAAGCUCUCCAACAAAACGCUUGACGCUGAGUGAAAUUUACCAGUUUCUCCAAAGCCGAUUUCCGUUUUUCAGAGGCUCCUAUCAAGGAUGGAAAAACUCUGUGCGUCACAACUUGUCUCUUAACGAAUGUUUCAUCAAGUUGCCAAAGGGUCUUGGUAGACCGGGGAAGGGUCAUUACUGGACUAUCGACCCUGCCAGUGAGUUUAUGUUUGAGGAGGGAUCUUUUCGCAGAAGGCCAAGGGGGUUCAGACGUAAAUGUCAGGCGCUGAAACCGAUGUAUAGCAUGAUGAACGGCCUAGGAUUCAAUCACCUACCCGAGUCCUACAACUUCCAGGGGACCGGCGGAGCCCUGUCUUGCCCUCCGAACGGUUUAUCUUUGGACAGUGGAAUUGGGAUGAUGAACGGACACUUGGCAAGCAAUAUGGAAGGGAUGGGUUUGGCGGGACACUCUGUAUCGCAUUUGUCAUCCAACGGCGGACAUUCCUACAUGGGGAGUUGUACAGGAUCGACGGGGGGCGAGUACCCCCACCACGACAAUUCUGCGUCGCCACUACUCACCAGUGGAGGAGUUAUGGAGCCUCAUCCAGUCUACUCCACCACAGCAUCUGCCUGGGCUCCAGCGGCCUCCGCCUCGCUGAAUAACGGAGGUUCUUAUAUAAAGCAACAGCCCCUCUCGCCUUGCAACCCUGGAGCAAACCCACUACAGCCAAGUUUGCCAACACACUCUCUUGACCAGUCAUACCUUCAUCAGAAUGGCCACAGUACCGCCGACCUUCAAGGCAUCCCGAGGUAUCAUUCUCAGUCCCCCAGUAUGUGUGACCGGAAGGAGUUCGUCUUCUCUUUCAACGCCAUGACAUCAUCAGCGAUGCAUUCACCGAGCAGUGGGUCCUACUAUCACCACCAGCAAGUCGCCUAUCAAGACAUCAAGCCCUGCGUAAUGUGACAAUCCGCUGACCAACACUCACAGCGAAUAAAUUACACUCCAUCUCUGAUAUAAAAAGCCACUAAACCUAUGAGGGUUGCAGGGGUGCAAAGACUGUUUCCACCCCGGCGAAGUAGACUAGCAGAAUUCAUAGGCUAGUCCGAAACAAACGGAGGAACGGAUUGAUGCGGGACCCCAUCACUGUUCAGAGAUCCUAAAACUCAACGAUUUUCAAAAACCGCUUGUAUUAAACUCUUCUCUUUCCUCGCUGUUAAGGAACUGGAGAAAAUAAGAAUUAUGGAAAGACAAUAAUUUAAUUUAAAAGAGACUGCUUGCGAAAAGGGUAAUUCAGUGGAUCAUUUAAAUACGCAAGAAUGCAACUUCGGGCCUUAUUUUGUUUUUUCUUUCAUUUGCUACCAAUAUAAUAUUGUCCCUUAAUUUAUCAGGCUAUUGAAUCCACAAUUACAUAUAUAUAUAUAUACGAGUAGAUUUUUACGUUGUUGCGUCAGUGUAUUGAAGAUGAAGCACGGACUGCUUUACUAUUGGACCGAAUCAGACCCCGGGUCCCAAAAACGGCACAGCUAGGUACUAACUCUGCUGGCGGAUGACUUCACCUUGACAAAUUUUGAUGUUUAGCCGACACACAUUUUCAUUGUUGAUAUUAUGAAUUCAGUAGUGACAAGAAGUGCUGAGUAGCGUAGACAUUUCUUUUUACUUGGGGUAUUUGGCCCGAUCGAUAUAUCAAAGUAGAAUGAUUUUAUAUGUUUUAUUUUUUUAAUUAAAUAGAGUACAAGUCAUCUGGAUACCAAUGGCCUAGAUUCAGGGAGCUAUUCAAUUAUUUCAUAUUGCGUUUCAUCUUUCAUUUUGAGAAACGCGUUUACGCAAAUUAAUUAUUUUCCUUAGGCCCAUUUAGUUUACGAAAUACUGUUAUCAUCAAUUAAAGAAACAUGUUAUGCAUGUCAAGUUUAAAAGGCGCUAAUUGCAAUUAUUCUCGCCUACACGAAUGGCUCAAACUAAAAACUAUUAACUGAAAUCAACUUUGCCUCUGUAUUCCUUUGACUUUUAGUGGACACAAUAAUCAAUUCCGGACAAAUUAAGGCACUUUUAAAAAUAAUGAAAACCGAAACCCCUUAUUUAUUCUGCAUAUAGGCAACUUUUAAUUGUAAAAUAUAACCUCAGUAUUAAAGUGUACCUUAUAGGCAAUAUUUGCCAUGCAACCUUUUCUAUUUUAUGUAAACAAAAUGAAGAUACGUAACUUGUCAGUUACAUUGUUCAUGUUUCUUUGUGUGUAUAUAUCCGUAUUGACACCCGCGUUUUUCCUGCACUGUAUAAAUUGUACAUGAUAUGUCUUUUUUGUGUAUGUUUCUGCUAAAAUUUUCUUAGGCUAGUCUGUAUAUAAAUUACACACUAUUUGUAUAGAACUAUAAGCAUCAGCAUGUAGUUUGAGUGAAACUUAUAUUAGAAGCCCUCAUAAACGUUUUUUGUUUUUGUUCUCUCAAA